UCAAGAUAAACUAAGAUGGCUGCGGAAAGAACGUUCAACUUUGUUUCGUUGUGUUUGUCUCCUGUUAAUCCAAAUGCUGACUUAAAUAUCUAUUUCUAGGAUAUGAAAACGGUUAGAAAUAAUUCAAAAUGGCGAUGGAAAAAUUAUAUGUUGUGAGAGAGACUCACACGCGUUCAAUUACUGCUCUUGGAUAUAACCCAGCUCGCAGAGAAAUUUUGAUGGGAUGUGAGGAUGGAGUUAUUAAAACCUGGGAAUCUGAAAGUGGGAAACAGUUGUCUGUAGUGUGUGAACAUAAAGGGUGGAUUACAGAUUUCCUUUAUUGGAGUGAGGCUAAGUUGAUGUUGUCGUCUGCUAAUGAUAGAAAUAUCAUAGCCUGGGCACCUGGUGGGGGUGUCUAUGACAGAAUAACUAUUGGUGUUCCUGUAUAUUGUAUGGCAAUAAAUCUUCGACGUUAUCAGCUGGCUUGUGGCGUCAAUGGUGGUAUACGUGUUUAUGCGCUGGAUGAAAAUAAAGAAUCAGGUCAUGUGAUUGACAUUAGCAGAAUUCUAUAUAUAGCCAAAGAACAUACAGACAUCGUUCGCUGCCUCAUCUGUACAGACACACGCACAUAUUCAGCAGGGUAUGACCAAAGACUGAUCAUCUAUGACUCAUCAUUUACAGGUGACGAUAGUUUAGAGGCUGUAAAUAUUAUUGACAAUGCUCACGAUGCUGGAAUCUCAUGUUUAUUACUUGCCAAAGAUAAUGAAAACAACUCUUGGAGGCAGACUGUCAGGAUUUUGACUGGUUCUUUUGACAAAAGUGUGAAAAUUUGGACUGCAGAUGGCAAACCAGUCCACAAACUUGACAAUUUUAUAUCGACUGUGUCUGGUAUCUGCUAUGUGCCAAGAAACAAAACAGUCUGGGUUGCUGGAGGAACCUCAUACGCCAGUUUGUUUGAUCCAAAAUCAGGUGAUAAUGUGUCAGAUUUCAUUGGAACUUUUCAACAACAAGAGGAGGAGAAAUAUCACUUACAGAUCCUCAAAUUCUUCCCAGAGCUUAAUCAAGUUGUUGCGUCAACCAGCAGACGGCACUUGAUUGUGUGGAAGUACAAUCCAUCUGGUUGUGUGACAGCAUUAAAGUGUAAAGUGGCAUUAGAAAGUCUCUGCUACACCCGAAAAGUGCCAAUAUUAAUAUUUAGCGGAGAUCAUGAGGGUGCUAUUGUCAAAUGGGAACGGAUGCAAUCUAAUCAUUUCAUGUACAGUAAAGAAGCAUUUGUAGUCAGUGAUUCAAAGAUAAAGAAGAAGCGUAAAACUGGAAGUAAAAAACGUGAACUUAUGUUGGAACAGGAACUCAAUGAGAAGUUGAAUAACCUUCAUACAGACGAUAUCGCCAAAACUAACAACAAAAAUAUUCAGAGCCAUUAUGCAUUUAACAAACCUAUCAUUCCCCCUGCAUCAACGCACAAUCAUCCACAUACUACCAUCUUAAAGAUUCUGUUUGUUGAAAGUUUAGACAUUAUCUUAGCUGCGUCAGAAGAUACGAAUAUUUAUGUGUGGGGAUUUGAUGAUCAAGCAGUGUCUGUGUUACAGAAUAUGAAGCCACAAGAUAUGGAGACUCUAGUCACUAAAUAUAGCAUUCUCCUUGAUUCUGACUCUGAACUCCUGCCACAAAAUACCAAAGAUGGUGACAGUGAUUCUGUGACAAACAGAGUGGCAGGGUUUAUCUGUAAAUACGUGUUCUGUGAGCAUGAGAGCUGUGUAACAAGUCUUGUUGUCAUAGAGAAAGAGAACAAAGAUGACUCAUCCUAUCUCUUAAGUGGUGGCUGGGACAGAAGAAUAUGUAUUUGGGACCUUGAAAAAGGAAGGUUGCAUGAUACAUUUAGAAACACUGGUACUAAUGGAAAGCAUGAAAAUGUUGAACUGGCCUGUGAUGGUGUUAUCAUGGACAUGGACUAUAACCCAGGCAGGAAGGAGUUUGCAUAUUCUUCAAGUGACAAGAUGGUGUAUAUUCGGAAGUUUUCUACAACAGGUUCUAAAAUGACAUUGGUGAAUACACUUCAAGGUCACGAAGCAGAAGUUACCUGUGUUAAAUGGAACAGUAUUACACAGAAAUGGGUCACAGGAUCAGAAGAUGCCACCGUGAGAAUAUGGUCUGGCACUGGUUUGAACGAGUGUGAGCAGAUUCUAGCUGCACUAGGAGGCGUGUCAUGCCUGUGUAUAGACAAGGUGAACGGGGCAAUAGUUGCUGGGAUACAGCAUGUUAUCCGUGUUUAUGACCCAGAAUUCUACAGGCUCAUACAGACAAAUGUCGGACACACUGAUGCUGUUAGGAGUAUUAUUCACAUUAAAGAAAGAAAUCAGUAUGUUUCCUGUUCUUGGGACAACUCCAUACGAGUUUGGAAUGCAUGGAAAAAGCAGGUGAAGCGUAAAGAACCAGAAGAAGAAGGAGAUGAUAAAAAUAGCGACAAGAUGAAAAGAGUGGAGAUAUCAUUGGAUGUUGAGGAGGAGGACGAAGGUGAGGAUCAAGGGGAGGUCACUCUAGAUGGUCAAAAUGUUGAGCAGACUACACAGGGGGAACAAUCUGCUGAUGAUAAAACUUCCUGAGUUGGAGAUUAAUGUAGGACAUGACAAUCAGGGGAGCUUUAGUUUUAGAUAUCAGUUCUCUGCUUUUCUGGUGCUUACAUUUAAAUGAAUAAAUUUUGUAUAAUAUUGAAUGAUAUGAGUAUAUUAAAUGUUAUAUGGCCUCCAUUUCUAUUGGUCAAAAGAUGACACAUACUGACCCAAUGUAAGUGAAUGUACAGUAUGGACCUUCUUGUAGAAGAAAUGCAUGCCAGACUGCUUAAAAAUUAAAGGUUUGAUCAUUACUGGCAUACUAAAGCUACAGACAGUUGGCAAGAUAUAUACUCUGCAUGAUUUAUCAGUGUCACUGUAUACAGGGUACAUCAGUACACUGUGUCAGAAAUCUGUAUCCUGUGUCAGAAAUCUUUUCUCAGUGUCAGAAAUCAGUACGUUGUGUCAAAUAUCUGAAUUUGCUCUCUCCUGAUGAGAAUUUCCAUGUCAGUGUAGAUAGGGCAAUUAUGAGAGGAUAUAACUAUGGUAGUUGAGCAGUCAGUCAGGUUUUAUGAUGAGUUAGAGCUUUUUUACAUAACAGUAUUCUAAAAAUUAAAUAUAUGGUGAAAUCAUUUAAUUGAAUGUCUGUAUUAGAUUUAGUGGUUUUAGACCUAAUAACUAUUUAGUUGGGAGAUUAAUUUGUAGUUGUUCAGAAAAGCAUUAAAUAGACAUGAAUUUUAUCUGUUCAUCUGAAUUUGAUAUUGCAGAUUGGUGAAAUGUUGUAGUUAGUCCUCAAUAAGAAUUACUGAACUCACAGUGAAUGAUUUCACAAUUCAUGUUACAUGACAUAAAUUAUUGUAUAUGGUAUCUUCCAUUGACUUUCAUUACUUACGAAUUUGUCAGAAAGAAAGGUAUUAUUAAAGUUGGCCAAAAGAACAUGUUUUGAUUUACAUGGUGCAUUAUCAACAGCAUUUUUGAAAACUGUGAUACUUUAAUUUAGUACCAACCAAAUAUUAUAUUGAUAUUUUUGUAAAUAGUGUAUACACUUUGUAAAUUAGAUGUUGUAGUUUAGAAUUUAGAGUACUUUGUAGAGUUUUGUUUAUUCUUCAUGUUAAUAGAAUGUGUUUCGGAAUAUGUCAUUGCAUUUAAAGAAUUAUUUAAACAUGAUCUACAUGUAUCACUUGUUUUUAGUGCACUUUGAAUCCCACUGAACUGUAUUCAAAAUGAUUAGAGAUAAAUCAGCUAGAUCAUGGCUUGAAGCUGUAAGAGCUGGCGAUAUUAUGCUAUACCUCUUCCAUUUUAAUGGCAAGGUAUAAAGUUCUCCAGACUGUCUGUGUCUUCAAAAAUUAUCACAACUGUUAACUGUGUUCUACAAGGUAGGAUUUUGUAGUAGCUAGGCACAAAUGACCACCAAAACAGAAUGGUGUUUCCUGUUGUGUGAUAACCUCAGUGUCAAGCUUGGCUAGUGAACCAUUUUCUUUUAAAAAGUUAUUGUUUAAAGUGUUUGUGUCAGGUGCAGUACUUUACAUUUGACAAACUACUGUGUACAUAUGGCUGGGGCAUUUGUGCUGUUAAAAGUUAAAUCAACAAUGUUAUGUCAAGUGUUGUAGAUACGUAAUAUUAUAUUUUGUAUAUUAUGUCUAGUGUUGAAGGUCAGCAAUAUUAUGUCUGGUAUUGUAGAUCUACAAUAUUAUGUCUAGUUUUGUAGAGCAGUAAUAUUAUGUCUUGUGUUGUAGAGCAGUACUAGUCUAGUAUUGUAGGUCUGCAGUGUUAUGUCUAGUGUUGUAGAGCAGCAAUAUUAUGUUUAGUUUUUCAGAUUUGCAGUUUUAUGUCUAGUGUUAGUGCUGUAUAGAAUUAAAAUCAGAUACAAAACAAUAACAGAUAGAGAAAUGACAAACAGUAUCUCUUAUACAUGUAUAUAUUUUGCUAAAUGCUCAUGAAACCUGCUUUUACAUUUGAUAGAUUAUUAGGUGAGUAUAGUGUGCUAAGACCAUUUUGUUGUUUUUUAAACCAUUAAUACAAGAGGCUUUUUUGUCCAAAUUAACUGCUUAACAUUACUUAACUUACUGUUGUUGUAACUCAGACAAAGAACUUGUGACUUGUAGUAUAAAUGAACAACUGUAAUCAAACCCUAGGCACGAUUUGAAAAAUCAGAUUAAAUACUUAAGUAGAGCCAUCAUUAUGUCCACUUGCUUCUCGGUUCUCCACAGCUUAGGGCUUGGGGAUCUAGUUUUAAGUGAUGACCAAUCCAUCUGGCUUAUAGGAAGUUAGCACUAAAGACCAUUUGCCUAAAAGAAAGUGGUGCCCAGAGGAUUAUCCAGGGUCAUCACUACCAAGGUGUGAAGUCUGGUUCAUGGAAAAAUAUGAAUUAUUUUUAUGCCCCCCGAAGGGAGGCAUAUAGUUUUUGAACCAUCUGUCUGUCUUUCCGCAAUUUUCGUGUCUGGUCCAUAUCUUUGUCAUCCAUGGAUGGAUUUUCAAAUAACUUGGCAUGAAUGUGUACCACAGUAAGACGACGUGUCGCGCGCAAGACCCAGGUCCGUAGCUCAAAGGUCAAGGUCACACUUAGACGUUAAAGGUCAUUUUUCAUGAUAGUGCAUUGAUGGGCGUGUCCAGUCCAUAUCUUUGUCAUCCAUGGAUGGAUUUUCAAGUAACUAUGCAUUAAUGUGUGGCACAGUAAGACGACGUGUCGCGCGCAAGACCCAGGUCUGUAGCUCAAAGGUCAAGGUCACACUUAGCCGUUAAAGGUCAUAUUUCAUGAUAGUGCAUUGAUUUGGUGUCCGGUCCAUAUCUUUGUCAUUCAUGCAUGGAUUUUAAGAUUAUUGGGCAUGAAUGUGUACCACAGUAAGACGACGUGUCGCGCGCAAGACCCAGGACCGUAGCUCAAAAGUCAAGAUCACACUUAGACGUUAAAGGUCAUAUUUCAUGAUAGUGCAAUGAUGGGCAUGUCCGGUCCAUAUCUAUGCAUUCAUGCAUGGAUUUUAAAAUAACUACGCAUGAAUGUGUGGCACAGUAAGACGACGUGUCACGUGCAAGACCCAGGUCCGUAGGUCAAAGGUCCUAAACUCUAACAUCGGCCAUAACUAUUCAUUCAAAGUGCCAUCGGGGGCAUGUGUCAUCUUAUGGAGACAGCUCUUGUUUUUUUGACAUUUUUCAAUUUUUUACAUGGUAACAUUGCUUUUGUGCUAAGGUACCUGGAAAGUUUCAUCAGUAAAUUAAGUCAAAAUUCAAAUUUUAAAACUUGAUAUUUGAUAUGGCUGAAAUUUACAAAGGAAGGAAGAUACCCAGCCAGAAUAUGAUUUUGACAUUUAAACAACUUGGCCAUCAAACUUAAUUUAUACUCACUAUUGAAUAAUUAUUACUAAUGAUUCUGUGUAAAUGCGAGAUAUAACUUGGUUGAAACUUUAAUAACAAACUGUAUGUUUUUGCUAAUAUUUACAUUUUUGCUGUUUUUAUGCCUUUUGUUGUUUUUCAACAAACAAUUUCAAUAGGUGCUGAGUUACUUUCUGUUUUGUUUUUUGUCUCUGUGACAAAGAUUUUCCAUAUUUGUUUUUCCAGAGUUUUAACAUACUGUGUCAAGGAUGUUUUUCUUAUUUAAGCCUAAAUGAAUGCUUGUCUACAUCUACAGUGUAAUCUCUCUAGUGUGGACACCAUUAGGACAGCUGUUGCUACUCGAGAAAGGUUUAUAUACUUAGAAUUGUGCCUUUCUUUGGGAGAGAAUUAUUUGGUCCUGAUGGGUGUUGUAGAUAGAGGUUAUACUGUAUUUUUGUGUCUAAUCCUGUUGUGUAAAUGUUUGCUUACAUUAAAGUGCUUAAUAAUUAUCUGUAAUAUUAACAAUAAUUGUCAAGGUUUACUUGAGUUUUUGAGAUUAGCUAACAUAUUUUCAAUUCAAAUUUUAUAAAUGAAAAAACAAAAUUAUGAUACAGUUGCAUAUUAAAUGAUAUCUAGAGGAAGAACUAGCAAAAAUAUUUCUAUGUUGAUAAAUUCACUUUAUUUUACAGUUUUAUUAGUAAGACACAAUAUUUCAUUUUUAGUAUCAGUAAAUUAAAGCCUGUUAGAGAAAUAUAUUUACGAAAUUGUGAUCCUUUUUAGCAGAAUUUUUUGUUUGUUUUGUUUCAGUAGAAUCACCUGUCCUGUGUUAACAGGGAAAAUACUUUGCACAAAACAGAAUAGAACAAUUGUGAUAUACAUAUCUUUCUGUGAUAGAUUUCCAAGUGACUUAGUGUUAUUCUUUUCAUGAUCUGGAACAGAAAUUUCAGAGUAAUCUGCUGGAAUUAUUGUCACUGGAAUGAAAUAGAACAAUGUGAAGGAACUUAUUUAGUUCCCAGUUCUUUUGUAUAAGCAUCCAUUCUUCUGAAAAGCCUGUUCUCAUUACAUCCUGAUUUAGCUACCAUUUAUCAGAUAGCUAAUGUUCCAUCUGCGCCUGGUUUUUAUUGAAAAGAGUUUGCGCAUGUUCCAUACUUUUCAGAACACUGUUCUAUUUUCUUCCCAUAACAUAGAACAGGUGCAGAAUACCCAGACUCACGAAUGGAAUACACCUUAGGUUUUCAGUUAAAAGUUAUAUAACUAUUAUAGAUAUGCUAUAUACUGAGCAAAUCAAAAUGUCUCUAGGUGAAAUAUUUGCAAAUUUCGGAUUUCUUACUUCCAGAUAAUACCUUGCAGAAAUUUAGAUUUUAAUCAUUUUAAUGGGCUUUAUUUUGGUGGCUUUUCAAUGCAAAAAAUUGAUGGUUCAAGAAUCUAUAGUACAUUGAAAAAUGUUUAACCCAACAACAUACUGUAAAAUCUUGUAAAUAAGCGUAUACGCUUAUAAUAAUUUUAGUGACACUUUUAUGCGCAUAUUUUUGAUAUGCGCUUAUACUUAAGCCGAAACUAUGCGCUUAUAUUUGAUAUGCGCUUAUAGACAAGCCGUGUGCACCUAUUUUGAUAUAUUAGGAAAAUUGACAGUGCUUACCUUGGUUGAGAAAACGAAAGUAAAACAUGGUCAUGGUCGUGCGCAGUGAACUACUUCCUUUUAUUGCAUACAGUAUUUAUACAUAUAGAAAGCAUAAUGAUCAUACAUAAUUUGCAAAUAAUGCUCAAUCUCUCGGACCAUUCAGUCAUUGUUCAACACUAAGAUUGUAACAUCUUAUCCGUAUUGUUUUCACAGAUUUACAAAAGAAUGACAAACUGUUAUGACAACGAAAACAUUUUCUAUUAAAAAAGAAUGAUUAUCAUAAACAAUUAUCAGUUUAUCAGACAAUAGACGUUAAAAUCUUUUAACAUCCUUCGGCUAUUCAUCAGGUAAGAACAUUUGUCACCUGUAUUUAUUACAAACAAUCAUCACGGUAUAAUACUGUUAAUUACGUCUUUUUGCUGUAUCUGAUGUUUGUUUACCAGUAAUCGGAUAUGUGCCUACUUUCGAGACAAAGUUAUCGUAAGGGCAUGACAUGCGCUUAUUAUCCCAUACGGAAUAACGGUAAGGCCAUAUGCGCUUACUUUUGAUAUGCGUAUAUAUUCGAAUAUGCGCUUAUUUACCAGAUUCUACAGUAUUUGGGGUUUAAUUGAUAAGUGAUCCAAACUAACAGAUUUGAAUAGUGUUUGCUCUUGUUGGAUUUCAACUAGGAUAACACAAACUUGGAUAUAGGCAGAGAAAAAUGGAAAAAGCAUUUUGGAAAUGUUUUUACGUAAGACAUGAAUUAUAACACUGUUGAUAAAUAUACUUAAAAUGAUGUGGUUUACUGGUAGUUGUUGUUCACAAAAGUACAUUUGGUUAAACUGUGUAUAGUAUUCUACUAUUGUCUAUUGUGUGUUUCACUUCAUACCAUUGUAUGCAAUUCAUUAUUAAGUGUUACUACAGAAUAAGAAGCAUAAAUUCCUGUCCCAUCUUUUCCUGUUAUUUUUUGACACAUUAAUUUGUGACUUUUUCAAACUUUUAACAACUGUUAUUCAGACAUUUUGCAAGAAUUUAUAUGUACAACUGUGGUUUAUGAAGACUUUUGUAUUUGUGUAGUGUUUUUUGUGUGUGUUAGUUCUGACCAAGCUGUGAUACAUCCUUCAAACUGUUGUUACUAGUUCUUGACAUUCAUUUGAGUGCAGAAACUGUGUGGUAUCAGUGAUUUGAUUGGAUAUCUCACUUAUUUUUAAAGGACAAUUUUUUAAAGAAUGCCUUACAAUGAGUGAUUCUUGCAUGAAAAAGUUUGUCAAGCCUUUUGUAAUGCUGAAAGAAUUUUUAAAAUUGGACCUAUAUUGAAAAAGGUAUGGCAGUUUAAACAAGUCCACCAUUUCGUUUAGUGUUGUCAUGGAAACAGUGUGGCUGCCAUUAUUGAUCAAAUCUUUCUCAUUUUUGAGCUGAUUUUGAAAAUUCUUUCAUUUACUUAAAUGUUCAUACAGAAUUAACGUAAGAACAGUGUUGCUUUUCCCUUUAAUAUGCAAGUUCCGUCUUACCUGGAUGUGCAGUUUUUCUUAAUCAGACUAUUAGCUCCUAAGAAAUUCCUCCAUACUUUUUCUUAUAUAGGCAGUAAUGUGUCUCCGUAACAGAAAUACUUGGAUAGGAGACUUUCUUCAUUCUGUUUGUCCAACAGUCUGUUGGAACAGCUUCUGGAAUUUUGCACAGCAUGAAGUUUUAUAAAUUAGUCUUGACGACAGAAUUGGUACCUUGUGCAGUAAAAUGGUCACAGAGACUUGACAUAAUACAGAUAAAAGGAAUAUGUUAAAAAUCUAUCAUAACAUGUUAUUUUUACACUAUAUGUAGAUAUUUUGCAACAGGUUUGAAAAAAUGACUGUGACCAAGUUCAUCCAUCUGUUUUCGUUUCUUUUUUGUCAGAUCAGAAAAAUGUUCAGUACAGGGUUUGUUUAUUUUUGACACUUCCAAAUUUCUGUGAUGUCACUUAGUGUAGUUUGUUUGCCAUUUUGUUGUGUUUUGUGAUUCUGGUGCAGUAAUGAGUUUUUGAGUUUGCAAUUUAGAUUCCAAAUACAGGUACUCCUGUUUUUGCCAGUUUAGUGAAAGUUUUUAAAGAGAUCUUUAAUGGAGACAGCUUUUGUAAGGUAGUGGACCAGAAAUGAAAGUGAGCAGUUUCUGUGGUUUUGUAUUCUCUUUAGGCAAUUCAGCAUUCUACAGAUGUAUUUGUUAAAUAAAAUCCUUGUUUAGAGUUCAGAUGUGAAGUAAUUAUAUCAUGAGGGCUGUAAUUCCUUAGCAUCUGAACUCAAAACAAUGACUUUAUUCAAGGGAAAGCCACUGUUCGAGAUAUAUUAUUUCAAUUAUAGCACAAAAUCAAGUACUACGAUGACAUCCACCAAACAUUUUCUUCUUUAAUUGUGGUUUGCUUUGCCAGGGUGCUGCUAUGAUGUUCAACACUAUGACGUAAAAUUUUAUUAAGGGUAACAUUCUGACCAAGUUUCAUUAAGAUUGGGCCAAAAUGUGACCUCUAGAGUGUUAACAAGCUUUUCCUUUGAUUUCACCUGGUGACCUAGUUUUUGACCCCAGAUGACCCAAUAUCUAACUCGUCCAAGAUUUUAAGAAUUGUGAUGUAAGAAUUGUGAUGUAAGGAUUGUGAUGUAAGAAUUGUGAUGUAAGGAUUGUGAUGUAAGAAUUGUGAUGUAAGAAUUGUGAUGUAAGGAUUGUGAUGUAAGGAGUGUGAUGUACACAGUGAUUUGUUGCAUAAUAAUGUAAAAUUUUCAGUUCUUUCUUCAAAAAGAAAACAAAUCUGAUUGUAUUAGAAUGUGAAGUAGAAGGAAUUUAACUUUAUAUCAUACUAAUGAAAAUGUCAACUUUAAAAUUUAGAUUUAUGAGUUUGACAUCAUAUUUAAAUCACUACAAUCAAACUUAUUUAACUCAAACUCGGAUAAUUUGUACACCACCCUUCUUUCGAACUCGUCGUAGGUUCUGGAAAAAUCCCUGUAUAAUGAUUUUUGUUCGAUAACACGAACAAAUUUUGCUGGUCCAGCCAAGUUCAAGUUAACAAAGUUCGACUGCAGAUCUAUUUGAAAUUUGAAGUAUCAGUGCAUUUGGAAUUGAAAAAAAAAAUGAAAGUUUGAUGUUUGUCUAGAGAUAUGCCCCUUUAAGGUAUAAUGGUGUAUGUAUUUUAAAGAACAUUUAGUAGUUUAAAUUUCUGACUUCAUCAUAGAUGAAAACAGGCACUUACUUAUUAGAUGAGUUAUUUGUUAUGCAUAUUAUUGUACAUAUUAAGAUGUGAUAUUUAAACAAUAACACGGUAAACUUGUAUUUAUAAUAUUAAUUCUUUCUCAGUUAAAAGAUUUUAAAAUGUUGUUUUAUUGAAUAUACCUUCUUUGUUCAAAGAUAUUUUUAAAUAAAAAUUUAAUGCUG